GAAUGCCGGGCCGGCAUGUACUGUAGCACGUCAGCCUCCAAUUCCUGUGCCCGCUGCUCCCCCCACUCCGUCUGCCCCCCAGGGAUGAUUGUCAAGUUCCCCGGCACAGCGCAGAGGGACACCGUCUGUGAGGCCCCCUCCCCGGGGGCCAGCCCUGACUGCGGCGCCGGCCGGGAGGACUGCAGGGCGCCCGCCAGCGGCACCACCCCCCGGGCCAAGCCCACCCUGACCUCAGCCAGCUCCGAAGCCAGGACCCCACUUCUUGAAGGGGACACUCCCCUCACCCCCGAAGCGGAUUCCAAAAUGAUGAGGGCUCCCAGCUCUCUCUCCUCCGUGGGGAAGCCCCGUCUGGAUCCAGGGCUGUCCCCGCAGCACCUGUGCCCUCUGGGGUCCGCCGACUGCAGGAAGCAGUGUGACCGGGACUACUACCUGGACAGGGACGGCCGCUGCACAGCCUGCGUGAGCUGCUCAGGAGAUUACCUCGUGGAGAAGACACCUUGCACGUGGAACUCCUCCCGCGUCUGUGAAUGUCGACCUGGCAUGAUCUGUGGCACAUCAGCCAUCAACUCCUGUGCCCGCUGCAUCGCCCGCCCUGUCGCCCCACCCAAGGUGGCCACCGCACGCCAGGGUAAAGCUGAGAGGGACACCACCCAUGAGCCGCCUCACCUGGGGACCCACCUUAACCGCAGCACCAACCCAGAGGACAGCGAGGUGCCGGCCAGCGCCUCCCAGACCUCCUUCCCCGACUCCCAGGCGGGUAAGGGGCACGGAGGAGGCGCCACCCAUGCCCAGGAGGACGCCUCCCUCUCCACAAGUGCUCCCAUCUCUUUCUCCUCCGCGGGGAGACCCAUCCUGGUUUCAGGCCCCGUGCUCCUCUGGCUGCUGGCGCUGCUGGCGGGGGUCGUCGGCGCCGGCUCCUUCCUCCUGUGCCACCGCAGGGCCUGCUGGAAGUGGAUGCAGCAGAAGCUCCACCUGUGCUACCCGGUCCAGACCUUCCGGCCCAGGCCCGAGCCUGCGGAUUCCAGGCCCCCGAGGAACCAGACAGAGCUGAAGAGCCUGUUGGUGACAGAGCCCCGCACAGAAAAGUUGGGGUUAAUGAGCCCCCCGGCUGUGGAGCCCUGCACCCAUGUGGGGUCAGCCUGCCUGGAGAGCCUGCCGCUGGUGGGUGCCAGUCCAGCCGGGAGCCCCUCAUCCCCCAGGGACCUUCCCGAGCCCCGGGUGACCACGGAACAUACCAACAACAGGAUCGAGAAAAUCUACAUCAUGAAGGCCGACACCGUGAUCGUGGGGACCGUGAGGACCGAGGCGCCCGAGGGCCGGGGCCUGGCGGGGCCGGCGGGGCCGGCGCUCGAGGAGGAUCUGGAGGCGGACCUUGCCCCGCACUACCCGGAGCAGGAGACAGAGCCGCCUCUGGGCAGCUGCGGGGACGUCAUGUUCUCGGUGGAGGAGGAAGGGAAGGAGGACUCCUUGCCCGAGACGGCGUCUGGGAAGUGAGGCCUGGCUGGGGCUCAGAGAGCCGCUGGGUGGCCCUGGGAACCGGGCGGCACGGUGGACCACGCUGGUGCAGAGGCCCAUCCAUCUGCUGACCUGAGUUUCCAGCACCCGGUGGUCCAUGCAGGAGGGGCCUGGGGGUCUCUACCUGCAUCCCCAGCCAGCUGCCCCCCACCCUGACCCUAGGGCAGGGGGCUGUGCAGUGGAGACAACCAAGGUGCUGGAUUUGAAUGGCGAUGUUUGCUGGGGCAACAGAAAGACAGACAGCAGAGACUGGACACUUGGCCUCUGCUGCUACUGAGAAGAUACCCCAGAUUCCUGGCAUGGGGC